AUGAGGCAAGCAGGGGCAUAUUCGGGGCUGCAUCAAGGAAGGAUGGGGCCUCAGGCGCUGCCAUUGGCGAGGAUAAAGAAGAUAAUGAAGAGAUCUGGGGAUGACGUCAAGAUGAUAUCAGGUGAAGCUCCCAUUGCUUUUGCCAAAGCUUGUGAGCUCUUCAUUGAAGAGCUCACCAGAAGGUCUUGGCUCAUGACCACUCAGUCCAAACGCAGAACUCUCCUCAAAGACGACGUCGCUUCUGCCGUGAUCGCCACCGACCUCUUCGACUUCUUGAUCUCUUUGGUCACCCACGCUAGUGCCUCAUCUCCCUCUUCUUCCACCAUGCAAUCUUAG